GACGCGGAGAAGGCGGUGACUGAAGCACUGACUUCUCCAUUCCCCCGCUCCGGUGGCUUCGCCCCUUUUUCUAGGUAGAGUUUGGGGGCCUGGGUAUCUGGCACCUUGCAGAGAGACAAUGGCCAAGUACGCAGCGGCGAGAGCAGCUCUCGGAAGAGAGCUCGGGAAGCCCGAGGUACUCUGAGCUAGAGGCCAGGCCCCCGCCGAGCCGAGCCAUCUUCGGGGGCCAUGCAGCCUCGGGCCUGCUGGGCAGGCCUGACAGACGGCCUCCGGCUGGUCCUCAUCCUCUGCUGCUGGGGCUGCCUGAGUUUGUCACUUUCCCCUACAGAACCACUUGCCAGGCUACCAGCUCCACAAAACUUGAGAAUUCACCUUUAUAAUUUAGAGCAAGUUCUGAGAUGGGAUCCUGUCCCCAUAAGCAAUUUAACAGGCCCAGUCCUAUACAGCGUGGAGUAUAAAUUCCUCAAGAACAGUUGGAGCAGUAUGACAUGUGUUAAUUGUACCAGAAUUGCAGAAUCAAUAUGUAACUUCACAGCAUAUGAUUCUUCAUGUUUUCCACAUUAUUUCAAUAUUUCUUUACGUGUUAAAGCUCAACUAGGAGAGUUAGUUUCUGAUUGGGCAUUGGCUCCUUGGUUUCAGCAUUUCCGAAAUGCAACAAUAGGACCUCCAUUAGAUGUGGUUGUGACCUCACAUGAUGGCUCUCUUAUCAUCAACUUUAAGCCUCCUUUCAAAGUAGAACCUGACAAAUUUGAUUAUAUUGUCCAUUAUUGGGAGAAAGAAGGAGAAAAAAAGAUCAAGGGUCCUUUCCCAAGCCAGUCCAUUGAGCUGAAUAACUUAAAAGUCCCAAAUGAAUAUUGUUUACAAGUACAAGCAAAACUGAAUCCCUCCCAUCUGAAUGACCCUCUCUUUGGGCAAUUAAGUAACACAUCUUGCUUCGAAAUCUCAUCUCAGGCUUCAGCUAAGUUUCAACAAGUCAUGGUAACAAUUUUGGGAAUAUCUGUAUUGAUUUUCCUGGUCCUGGGUUGUUAUGUUCUGGCACAGAAAUCCCAAAGCCUGAUAAAAUCGUACUUUCAUUCUCCUCCAGGAAUCCCACCCCAAAUAAAAGAGAUUAGGGAAAAAAUACUUGUAGGCAGAAAAGCAGGCAGAUAACUUCCUCCUACAAGAUUUAAGGUCAGUGGGCUUUAUUAUUUUGCAUCUGAAAGGAAUAUAAACAUCACUUGUAUAUAUGAAAUCCACUCAUAAAAAAGUUAGAUUUUUCCCCAGUUAUGGACCCUAUCUUAUUCCUUUAUAGGCAUAGUUAGUAUGGCUAUAUCAAAUUAAAUUAUUCUAUCAAGUUUUGUUAAGGAUCUUCAAGAAAUGUUACUAAAUUAUUCAUGUAUUUAUACUUAAUUAUGAUGAUAAUGAUGAUGAUGAUAACUAGCAUUUACGUAGAGCUUGCUAUUAAUAAUAUCUCAAGGGAGAUGCUGUUAUCCCACUUUUACAGUUGAAGAUAAUGGGGCAAAGAUGGGUUAAAUGACAGUGCCCAGAAUCUCACAAUUACUAAGUACAUGAAACUAGUCUUCCUGAGUACAAACUUAAUGCUGUAUCCACUGAGCCACAUAGUCACUUUUAUUGUUGAAUGUAAUUAUAUAACUUGAGAUUUCUUUAGCAUGUUUAAAUUUCAUAAUUGCUUAAAUGGUAUGUUUCCCAUGAGAUUCAUCCUCAGUUGCUCUUUUUCUCAGAGUAACAAUAAGGCUCAAAGUCUUACUUUAAGUUUAUUAUUAUUAUUAUUAUUAUUAAGUUAUUACUUAACUUUUAAGCUCUUAGAUGGUAGGGAAUAUGUUUUGUCCUUUUUUGUGUCUUCCACAUUACCUUAGAACAAUUAGCCAGUUAGUAAGCUAGCAAUUAAUAAGUGCCUACUAAGAGCCAGGUACCAUGCUAACUGCUGGGGAUCCAAAGAAAGACAAAAAUAAUCCCUGCUUUAGGAAGCCUACAAUCUUUUCUUUAUUGUAUUAAUUUUAUUUACUUUUAAUAUACAUUGUUUUAUGAAUCAUGUGGGGAGAGAAAAAUCAGAGCAAAAAGGAAGAAACCAUGGAAAAGAUUAAAAACAAACAAACAAACAGAGAAAACAAAGUGAACAUAGCAUGUGUUGAUUUCCAUUCAGUCUCCUUAGUUCUUUCUCUGGAUGCUGAUGGCAAUAUCUGUCCAAAAUCUAUUGGGAUUUCUUUGGAUCACCAAACCACUGAGAAGAACCAAGUCUUUCAUAGUUGAUCAUCACACAUGUUCUUGCUAUUGUUGUGUACCAUGUAUUCUUGAUUCUGCUUGUUUCUCUCAGGAUGGAAAAAUCUUUUCCAUGUAAAUCAUAUUGUUCAUAAAUGUUUUAUAGAAUAAUAAUAUAUUACAUUCAUAUACCACAACUUGUUCAGCCAUUCCCCAAUUGAUGGGUAUCUUCUCAUUUGCCAAUUCUUUGCUACCCCAAAAAGAACUACUACAAACAUUUUUGCACAUGUGGGUCCUUUUCUGUGAUGGCCACAUUAGCACUCUGGAUACCUUAGAAUCAGCCAGAGUCAGGAUAAGCAAAAGUCCUCGAUCUUUAUUCUUGGUCUUUAGAGGUAGGAUUGAAUUGGAUGAAAAGAGAAUCUCCGUGACCUUCCUUCUUCAUCGUCUACUGCCAAAGCAACCCUGGCUAGUCUUACUUUACCCCCUAGUCCCUCUUACAAUUCUCUGUAUGUAAUUAUUGAGCCAGCACAGGAUAGUGGGAAGGACCAUUUUCCAAGCAUAUGCUUAUAGAGUAUUGUCCAAUUAGUAGUUAGCCUUAAGUGCUCGGUUGUCCGUCCUCAGUGCAUCAAUUCAGAGUUUCAGCCCUCUACACUUUUCCCUUUUUUAUGGUUUCCUUUGGAUACAGACCCAACAAUGACAUUGCUGGAUCAAAGGAUAUACAGUUUUAUAGCCCUUUGGGCAUAGUUCCAGAUUGCACUCCAGAGUGUUUGAUCAUUUCACAACUCCCUCAACAGUGCAUCAGUGUCCCCGUUUUCCCACAUCCUCAAGGAGCCCAUAAUCUAAUGCAAAUAACUAUGUACAAACAAGAUAUAUACCAUUAGCAGUUCUGUGAUCCAGUAAUAUGAAGCACUCAAGUAGAAGCGUCAAAGAUGAACAGUGGAGAUGAUUUAGAAUUGGGUUUUGACAAGGCACAAAUGGUGAAUAGGACAAGGUGGGCCAAGACUUCAGUAGUAGAAGACCACAAGUAGUUGAACUGGAUAACUGCAGAAUGAAGACCAGGAGAAUAAGAAACUGUAGUAAGAGCAAGGCCUGGUUAAUGGAGGGGUGGUACGAUUUGAAAUCAUAUUGAAUAUGAGUAAGUUUAAAAGUGAAGAAGAAGAUGAGUUGAAGGGAAGUUUGUAGUCCUAAAGAAAUUUCAGAGUUUUGGCUCAUAGAAGUGGAAGUUGAUCAGGAUCAAGGGUAUGACAGUUACUGAGUGUGACUGAAGUAAAUGAAGGAGCAGGUCAUGGCAGUUGAGGAGGUGGUGAAGGUAAUGUUUGAAAGGACACCAGCAGUUUAUUGAAGGCAAGGGCUGGGAUAGAGAAAGACUGUAAAACCAGAUGCUGAAUUACUGGAGAAAGAAAGACUGACCCAGGGACUUGUAGAUAAUUGUGACAAACAUCUGGGGAAGGUGAUCCAGCAGAGAUAACCUCAAAAGUAGAAAUUGUUGGCAACAGAGGAUUAGGAAAUGGUGACAAAGAGCAAAUAAGUAAAUGGGCAAGCAGCUUUCUCCUCUUUGUGACCCAUUAUAUCAGGGCAUGAGUGUAUAUAUAUAAGCUUCAACUCUAUAGAUUAUUAAUAGUCUUAGGUGAUUAUCUUUU